AUUUUUUUUUCGCGGUUGGCAUUUCUUGCAUUUCUUGUCUUGGUCUCAGGUCUCUUCCUUGCCAGCUCUUUCUUUCUAAUUCUUGAUCCCGUUGAAGAAUCAUUAAAUACAUAAAAUGGAAAACGACGCAAGAGAAUUUGUUGACCUUUACUGGCCAAGAAAAUGCUCAAGCAGCAAUAGAAUUAUCCAUGCCAAGGAUCAUGCUUCAAUUCAAUUGACACUUGCUGAUGUUGAUCCAACAACUGGACGUAUGUCUGGUACAAACAAAGCUUAUGCUAUUUGUGGAGCAAUUCGUCGUAUGGGUGAAUCCGAUGAUUGUCUUGUAAGACUUGGCAAAAAAGACAAUAUCAUCGCUAAAAAUUAUUAAUAAAUUUUCAUAUGGAAACUAAAAAUUUUUAUUAA